UAUGAUAAAUUGUUGGUAGGUUUCUGUCGUCCUCAAAAGAAAGCGUGUGAAAUAGAACACAGAUGGAAGCGAGUGUUUUAGACAGAGGAUCCGCUCCACACAUGUUGACCACCAAGAGCACCAGGAGUCCUACUGAAGAGCUCUUGGAUGUUCUCAGCAGAAAAAAUGGUCAUCUUGGACUAUCGGGAAGUGACGUACAGGGAACAGGAAAUCGAUCAAAUUGUCUCAAUUCAGGACAAACGUCAACUUCACCCUCAUUAGAGUCCUCCAACCAAAGGACCUUGGCAUCCACCUCCGAUGACCAUCACGGGCAAUCGGGUUCAGGAAGUUUAACUGAUACACCGCUAAGCCUAAAAACAUCUCAGGCACCCUUGUCUCCCACCCGACCAGGCACCAGCUCCUCCAGCAGGGUUGACACAGCCCCCAUGCUGCCAAGACACACGAGCAAACUUGGCCUAGAAACCUUGCAUAUACCGUGCACUACCCAGCUAGUUUCUCGAGGUUGUUCCCCGCCCGCGCUUAUGGCUUACGGCGGCAGCAACUUGGAUCGCGCGAUACACACAAGUUCUCCACCGGGAAUCCCUGCGGACGCGGCCAACGAGUGUCGUCUGAUCGAUUACCGCGGUGCCAAAGUGGCCGCAUUCCGAGCAAAUAACGAAUACUUGCUGUGUCUACCACAGGCUUUUGAAGUGUUCCUGAAACACCUGGUCGGAGGACUACACACAGUGUACACCAAACUGAAGCGGCUGGACAUCACCCCCAUCGUAUGUAACGUGGAGCAGGUCAGGAUCUUGCGGGGUCUAGGAGCCAUUCAGCCCGGCGUGAACCGCUGUAAGCUGCUGUCUUGUAAAAACUUCGACAGUCUGUACAAGGACUGUAUCACCGCCAGGUAA